AGCGAUAAAGGACCCAAAAACGUGGAACCCCGAAUUCCACGUCGAAGAUUUGAUGCGGUAUCGAACAAUAUUGUUGAAAUUAGCCGGAAUGUGUUACAUUAAUUUCGAACGAUAUUUACCGAAGCAGUUGGAGUUCAUUUCGGUAUACUUGAAUUGGAGCCUAUUCGGUUUUUUCUCAUUCGUUCAUUUGCAUCUUGCGAUAUUGUUCUUGUUGGAAAUGAUUCGGAGCAGUGCUUUGGAGGUGAUAACCAAUGCCAUAACGAUGGUUAUUAUCAAUGUAUUCGCAUUUUUCACACUACUCUACUACAAACUGAAUUAUAAAAAAUAUUUGCGAAUGGUCGAGUACAUGAACACACAGUUUCUGACGCGUUCCGCCUACGGAUUAACAUUCAUGACGGCCGAAAAGAGUUACAUUGUGGCAAAUAGAUACACCUUUUGGUGGACGGUAAUGUGUAUGCAGGGAACUCUGCAAUGGGCAAUCGUUCCAUUAUUUGCUAGCACACGCACUCUUCCGAUUGAACUCAAGUAUCCCAUGGAUGAAUUGGCUGACCCGUACUAUCAAAUCAUCUACUUUCUUCAUAGCAUGUGUCAGUAUCUAUUGGGAGUGAUCUUUGGGAAUGCUAGCAGUGUGCUGGCGUCGACAGUCAUCAUAGCCAGCGGCCAGUUUGAUAUGUUACUGUGUAGUUUGAAAAAUCUGCAAGCUACUGCAAUGACACUGAACGGAUCGCGCUUGGAACAGCUUCGAAAACUGCAAUCGAUGGUUGACUCCGAGUCCGAAGAGCUCAAUCAAUAUUAUCUGGCAGCGGAACUAAUGGAUGACAUCGAGGCGAACACAGCAAAAAUGCGAGCCGCACUGGAUCGAGAUCCAAGCAAAUUCCAACUAUCAAAGAAAUACCUACCGCAAGACAAUUAUUUGACCGAUUUGACCGAAGAGCUAAAUUUUUCAAUUUUUGCUUGCAUUCGACAUCAUCAAAUGCUCAUUGAGUUCAGUGCAAUGAUGGAGGACUUUUUCAGCGUUUUCGUGCUGCUCAAAUCAUUUCAAAGCACAUUCCAAAUUUGCAAUUUGCUGUUUACAUUUUUAAAAAUUGAAGGAACCGCCGAACAAUAUUUCAAUAUGACCGCAUAUUUGAUACUCACACUUCUGGAUGUGUUCCAACUGUGCUAUUUCGGUGAAACACUGAAACAGCAAUCAUCUCACAUUGGCGAUGCAUUAUUACGGUGCCCGUGGCAUUUGAGUGGUGGCCCAUUUCGACGAAUUGCAUUGAUUUUCCUUGCCAAUUGCACAAAACCAUUGGUUAUGACGGGUGGCAAGUUUUUCAUACUCGAUUUCCAGAAGCUAACAAGUAUUAUGAAGGCGUCAUUCUCUUACUUCACGCUGCUGCAGCAUCUGGGAAAAUAGGUCAAUAAAAAAAAAUUACCCUCUGAUCUCUUCAGUGACCAUCG